UCUUAAAAUUAAAAUCUCUUGUCUGUCCUAUACAAAAUAAGUGAAAACUAUCCGUAAUCAAUGCCCUACAUUUUGAUUAGAGGUAAUCUAGCAUCAUACGGGCACAAAAACCCUUGGAGAGUUUUAGUAUCCGGCUUGAAAGCCGGAGAUAUAGAACAAUUAAAAAGAUUCGCAUGUGGAGGAUAUUGCGACGACUCCACGAUCGUUUAUCUACAACAUCCUUGCGUCAUUCUCAGUGCUUUAGAAGUAUUGGGCUACAAAGUUGUUGCCUCCAGCUCAACAGCAGUGAAGCAGGAUUAUAAUGAGUAUAUGUGGACUAUGAGAAAAGAGUUUUCUGAGCCGGAACCUUCAAUUGUUGUAGAACAGGAUAACAUUACUAACUUCAGUAAAGAGGCUAUGCAUAUGGGAAAUUAUCAACACUCAAAUAAAGACGACGAGGACAAGAAGAAAUAAAAGCAUUAACUUCGAGGUUUCCUGGCUCAGGAGUUGGAGUUGUGAAUGGUGUCACUAUAAAAACCAAUGUACUCAAUUCAC